CUAACUUUCCUCAGUUUUCUGCAGAGGAGAGACCCGCAGCUUCUGUGCGCGCUCCUACACACAUGCACCUGCACGCGCACGGCGGCCUCGGACCGGACGGACGGACACAGGCACCGAGACGAACCGUGAGCAUGACCGCGGGAACGACGAGCUGCUGCCCGGUACCUUAACGACCGAGGACCCGGGGACCGAGGCGGCUGCUGCCGGAGGAGCAUCACUGAAAACAGAGGCGAUGAGGGGAAACCUGGAGGCAGCAGCCCGUUUCUAAGCAACACCAACAGCAACACAGCCAGCGGCGCCUCACACCAUGGGCUACAAGAUCCCCUCGGCGGCGAUGGACCGAGUCAGCCUGCUGUGGCGCCUGAGGCGUCGGGCUCGCCGUGGAGCGCUCUGCAUGGCCUUCUUCUGCAUCUCCAUGGCUCUGCUCUACGCCAUCUGUGCCGAAAACAGCGUGCCCGUCACAGACGCCAUCUUUGGGGUGCGGGCAAGAACUCGGGCUCAGCCUCGUGCACACUCUGUCAUCAAGGUGCUGCGAGGCGGAGCCAAGCCCAUGUACAUCGACCCUCAGAAGCUCCCAGGGGUCGUCCCAGGUGACCCUCGCCGUCCAAUCCCUGUCCUCUCCUCUCCGAACCACACCCACGAAGCGGUGGACUCGACAUCAAAGAAGAAGUCGAGAGAUCGGGAGCCUUCUGGGUUUUUCGCUCACCUGCUGCCGCGCCCCUUCACUCGCGCACUGGAGACCCUGUUUGGAGGCCGGCGCAGGGGGGAGCUGAGCGGCAAAGGGGGGGACGCAGAGUUCUUCGGGCCUCAUGGGCUCCUGGGAGAGGUGUGGGAUGAUGAGAUGUCCAGUAGCAUGCUGGGAAACCGACUGAGGAGGGUGGUGCAGAACUAUCAGUCGAUGAACAAAUAUGGAGUUGAGGUUUCCGGCCCCGGGGGCGUCUCCAGCAGACCCAAGCUGAGCGGCCCCGAGCUUCUCUGCCAGCUGAGAGACAAGACAGAGGUGGCGACCUUGACCUCUGACCUCCAGCCCUUCUCGUCGCUGCCCUGGGCCGCCCAGCUGCCGCCGAAGCCACUGACCUCUGACCUCGGGCCGUACAAGAGCUGUGCCGUGGUGUCGUCGGCGGGGUCGCUCCGCUACUCCGGACUCGGCAAAGAGAUCGACUCCCAUGAUGCCGUGCUGCGCUUCAACGCCGCGCCCACCAGCGGCUACGAGAAAGACGUCGGCUCGAAAACCACCAUUCGCCUCAUCAACUCACAGGUGAUGGCGUCUGACGAUCAUCACUUCCUGUCCAGCUCUCUGUACAGCUCAGGUGCUCUGGUGGCCUGGGACCCCGCCCCCUUCUCCGCUGACCUCACUCAGUGGUUCAACAGGACGGACUACCCGAUCUUCGCCCAGUACCAGAGAUAUAGACGACUCCAUCCUCUGCAGCCUUUCUACAUCCUGCAUCCGCGCUUCGAGUGGCAGGUGUGGCAGCGAAUACAAGACAACAUGGCAGAACCCAUCCAGAAGAACCAUCCUCCUCCCGGCUUCCUCAGCACGGUCCUGAUGAUGUCACUGUGCGAGGUGGUGCACGUCUACGAGUUCCUGCCGUCGCGGAGGAAGACGGAGCUCUGCCAUUACUACCAGCGUUUCUUCGACGCCGCCUGCACGCUGGGCGCCUACCACCCGCUCCUGUACGAGAAGAACCUGGUGAAGCGGAUGAACCAGGGCACCGACCGCGACAUCUACACACACGGACGCAUCACGCUGCCCGGGUUCAGAAAGAUGAACUGCACCCAGGCUGCUGCUGGAGGCCUGAAGCACCACUGAUCCCCCCACUUUUUACACACACACACACACACACACACACACACACACACACACACACACACACACACACUGUAAAGCAGAACCCUGCAUGAAGAACACGCAACAACGAGGACAGACGCAUGAAAACCUCGAACUCACUGCCGAACAAAUGAACGCAACUCACUGUAAAUAUCACACACGCACACGCACACGCACACGCACAAACACACACUGGAGUCGAAUCAACUGAUAGAUGUGUCAGCUGUUCACACACACACACAUACAGUAUCAUAUAUAUAUAUAUACUUAUGAGGACAUUCCAACAUUCCAACUGUAAACUAACCCUCGUCUCAAAUGUUAAAGGAUGUUUCCGCUGUUUUUGCAGGUUUUAGCCAACAAACAAAAACUGUGUGUAUUAAAUAUCACCAUCAAACAUCAGCCAUUUUUUUUAUUUGACUAGUUGUAUCUGUAAAAAUGGCAUUUAAUAUAAUCUGCUUCAACAGAAACACACCAAUCAUCCACCACAUUAAAACCAGUCACCUGCUUCAACCUGAAUUGUUUAUUAACGUUAACCUUUACAUCAAAAUGAUGAUGAUAUCACGUACACACAUCAUUUAUUGUUUAUUGACUGAAACAGUACAAAAGAGCAGUUUGGUCUUUAACCCUGACUCUAAUCUCAACCUUAAACCAAAGUCUGAAUCUUGAACAAAUCAGAUUUGGACAAAUGGACCUGAUUCAUCUCAAAUAUGUGAAGAAACUCCACCUGUACAGAGAAAUGUGACGUGUAGAUAUAUAUAUGCUGUAACAGACUCGUCCACCAGGAGGAGCUGUGUUCUCCUGCCCUCACUCUGUCAUCUCCACAUUUUACUUUAACUUUGAAAAGCUUCACACAGCCGUUCUCUGGAUGUUCCCCACAUGUUCCUGUUGGUGUGAACGAGUCGGACCCGGAACAAUCAUCAUUUUAAAAGGCGGCUGCAGGAAAAGAAAAUGUCCAGAGCAACUGACUUCAACAUUUGUGUUGGUACAUACAGAACCUCCGGAACGUGUCAGGAACACGUGCACUCCAUGUCUGAAACCAUCUUGUUACUGAUACGGAGCAAAACACGUGGGCGUGUCCUGGGCUGAAUCUGAACCAAUCAGAGCUCAGUCUCAACUCUGUUGUGGUUUUUCUAAUCAUCUCAGUUUUGUUUUUUUUACCACGGAGCUUCGUCGGUUAUUCAGGAAGAAAACACUUGAAUAAUUGAUGUCAUUUCAUUUCAGAGGAAAACCAGGAGAACAUGUUUCUCUCUGCAGCUGCACUCGUACUCCUGCUCCUUUCCUUUCAGUGUGACCAGCUCCUGACACGUCUCACUUCGGCUGACAGAUGCACUUUCCCCCUCGUGGUUCAGCCGGUGUCGGUGGUCGCACGUGGUUCGUGUGUUUUCCUCACAGUUCUCAGGAGAACUCUUCCCUUGAUAUGAGAACAAAAUGCCCCAGAAACAUAGAAGUGGCUUUGGUGAGGAUUUAAUAUUGAUGGAAAAAUUACUCCUUUUCUUUUUUGUUGUGUUUUUAGGACGUGAACUCUCAGCAGCAUCACUGUUGAUGCUUGUGUUCACUUUUCUUUAUAUUAAUCUGAAAUCUAUGUUUUUGACUUUUUUAUGAUUCAUUUCCUGAAGGGCCAUGAAAGUAUUAAAAAGCCGUAUAGAGA